GGCGCAUGCGCCGAGAAGCCCGCUCUCUCCCACGCCACCGCCCACUUCCCCUCCCACGAUCGCAAGUUCGCGUCAUGGCGGCCGCCGCCUCUGUGGAGGCGGUGGCGCCGACGGGCGCCUUGCGGGGCCUCGUGCAGGACUUCGUCAUGGGUCAGCAGGAGGGCCCCGCUGACCAAGUGGCUGCAGAUGUGAGAUUUGGAAACUAUACAGUGUUACAAGUGGUGGAAGCCCUUGGGUCAUCUCUAGAGAAUCCAGAACCUCAAACUCGGGCACGAGGAAUUCAGCUUUUGUCACAGGUGCUCCUCCAGUGUCACUCCUUUCUCCUGGAAAAGGAAGUGGUACACCUGAUCCUCUUCUAUGAGAACCGCCUGAAGGACCAUCAUCUUGUGAUUCCAUCUGUCUUGCAAGGUUUAAAGGCACUUAGCCUGUGUGUGAACCUGCCUCAAGGGCUGGCUGUGUCUGUGCUUAAAGCCAUCUUCCAGGAGGUUCAUGUGCAGUCCCUGCCACAGGUGGACCGACAUACAGUCUACAUUAUCAUCACCAACUUCAUGCAAAGUCGGGAAGAAGAGCUGAAGGGUCUAGGAGCUGACUUCACCUUUGGCUUCAUCCAGGUGAUGGAUGGAGAAAAGGAUCCCCGCAAUCUUCUUGUGGCCUUUCGCAUCGUUCAUGACCUCAUCUCCAGGGAUUAUAGCCUGGGACCCUUUGUGGAAGAGUUGUUUGAAGUGACAUCCUGUUACUUCCCUAUUGAUUUUACCCCUCCACCUAAUGAUCCCCAUGGAAUCCAGAGAGAAGAUCUCAUCUUGAGUCUUCGAACUGUACUGGCCUCUACAGCACGAUUUGCUGAGUUCCUGCUGCCUCUGUUGAUUGAGAAAGUGGAUUCUGAAAUUUUGAGCGCCAAGCUGGACUCCCUGCAGACUCUGAAUGCUUGCUGCACAGUGUAUGGACAGAAGGAGCUGAAGGACUUCCUUCCUGGCCUGUGGACAUCGAUCCGCAGAGAAGUGUUCCAGACGGCAAGUGAGCGGGUGGAGACAGAGGGCUUGGCGGCCCUCCACUCCCUGACUGCGUGUUUGUCUCACUCUGUGCUGAGGGCUGAUGCUGAGGACCUCCUUGACUCCUUCCUUAGCAACAUUCUACAGGACUGCAGACACCACCUAUGUGAACCAGACAUGAAGCUGGUGUGGCCUAGUGCCAAACUGUUGCAGGCAGCUGCAGGUGCAUCUGCCCGGGCCUGUGACCAAAUCACCGGCAACGUACUGCCUUUACUGCUGGAACAAUUCCACAACCACAAUCAGAGCAACCAGCGUCGGACAAUCCUUGAAAUGAUCCUGGGUUUCUUAAAGCUGCAGCAGAAGUGGAGCUCUGAAGAUAAAGAUGAAAGGCCUCUAUGUGGCUUCAAGGAUCAGCUGUGCUCACUGGUAUCCAUGGUCCUGACAGACCCCAGCACUCAGCUUCAGCUUGUUGGCAUCCGUACACUCACAGUCUUGGGUGCCCAACCAGGUCUCUUGUCUUCUGGGGACUUGGAACUAGCAGUGGGUCAACUAUACAGACUGAGCUUCCUGGAGGACGACUCUCAGAACUGCAGGGCAGCAGCACUGGAAGCAGCAGGAACCCUGGCCACUCUCUACCCUGUGGCCUUCAGCAACCACUUGGUGCCGAAGCUUGCUGAGGAGCUGUGUGUAGCGGAGUCAGAUAUGACUAGGGGAGACUGGCCCACCAAAUGCUCCCGGCACAUGCGCUGUCUGCAGAUGUUGUCAGCUAUAUCAACUCAUCCCAGCAUUGUCAAGGAAACCCUCCCUCUACUGCUGCGGCAUCUCUACCAACUGAACAGAGGGAAUAUGGUUGCAGGAACAAGUGAAGUUAUUGCCGUCUGUCAAAGCCUCCAGCAGGUGGCAGAAAAAUGCCAGCAGGACCGUGAAAACUGCUGGUAUUUCCACCAGACAGCUGUACCAUUCCUGCUUGCCAUGGCUGUGCAGGCUUCCAUGCCAGAGAAGGAGCAGUCAGUCCUGAGAAAAGUUCUGUUGGAAGAGGAGGUUUUGGUGGCCAUGGUGUCUAUCAUUGGCUCUGCUACCACACACUUGAGUCCUGACUUUGCUGCCCAGAGUGUCGACCACAUUGUGCCCCUCUUCUUGGAUGGCAACAUGUCCUUUCUGCCUGAAAACAGCUUCCCUUGCAGAUUCCAACCAUUUCAGGAUGGUCCCUUGGAGCAGAGACGGCUAGUUGCACUGCUUAUGGCUUUUGUCUGUUCCCUGCCUCGAAAUGUGGAAAUCCCUCAUCUGAACCAACUCAUGCAGGAGCUUUUAGAGCUGAGCUGCUGCCCUAACUGCUCCUUCUCCUCCACUGCUGCUGCCAAGUGCUUUGCAGGACUCCUCAACAAGCAGCCUGCAGGGCAACAGCUAGAUGAAUUUCUACAGCUGGCUGUGGAGAAAGUAGAGUCUGGCCUUAGCUCUGAGUCCUAUCGUAGCCAGGCCUUCACACUGCUUCUCUGGGUAACAAAGGCCCUAGUGCUCAGAUACCAUCCUCUCAGCUCCUACCUUACAGACCGGCUCAUGGCUCACCUGAGUGAUCCAGAAUUAGGCCCAGCAGCAGCUGAUGGCUAUUCUCUGCUCAUGUCUGACUGCACUGACGUGCUGACUCGUGCUGGCCAUGCUGAUGUGCGGAUCAUGUAUCGACAGCGGUUCUUCACAGAUAAUGUGCCUUCGCUGGUCGAGGCCUUCCAUGCUGCUCCCCAAGAUGUGAAGCCAAAUUACCUGAAGGGUCUGUCUCAUGUUCUUAACAGGUUGCCUAAGUCCGUGCUCUUGCCAGAGCUGCCCACGCUGCUUUCCCUACUGCUGGAGGCUCUAUCCUGUGCUGACUCUGUAGUCCAGCUCUCCACCCUCAGCUGCCUGCAGCCUCUCCUACUGGAAGCACCCCAAGUCAUGAGUCUUCAUGUUGACACCCUCGUCAACAAGUUUCUGGACCUCACCUCUAACCCGUGCAUGGCUGUCCGGAUCAGUGCACUGCAGUGCAUGCAUGCUCUCACCCGCCUGCCCACUCCUGUGCUGCUGCCAUAUAAGCCACAGGUGAUCCGGGCCUUAGCCAAACCACUGGAUGACAAGAAGAGACUGGUGCGCAAGGAAGCAGUGUCAGCCAGGGGAGAGUGGUUUCUGCUGGGGAGUCCUGGCAGCUGAGCCCUCACUCCCAACCUAGACUGUUCUGACAAUCUAACCUCAGAAUUUCUAACUUCAGAGCCAUCUUGCCCAAGGCAGGAAGACCUCUGGCCUCGAGCUGCCUUUCCCACAGACACUGAAGAAAUCUGGGAUUCUAUUGCAUGGCAGCACAAGAAACACAAGAAUAUUUAUUUCUAGUGGGUUUGUGAAGCAACUGAAUGUGAGACUACUUGUGUUAGAAAAAAAUAUCUUAGUAAUGGGACUCUUCUACUUAUAUGUCAGAAAAGGGGGAGCUAUGCUGCUACCAGGUGAGUGCAGAUGAUGUGCCCCUGAGGACCAAGGAUGGUGGGUGUGUAUAUACCUGCUGGAGAAUAAAGGUGUCUUUUAGUAA